AUGUCCCCAGUGGCCAUUGUCCAGCUCCAGGACCCGGUGCCCCCUCACUGCCCCCCCCUGUGUCCCCUGGUGGCCAUUGUCCAGCUCCAGGACCCGGUGCCCCCUCACUGUCCCCCCUGUGUCCCCAGUGUCCCCAGUGUCCCCAAUGUCCCCAGUGUCCCCAAUGUCCCCAAUGUCCCCAAUGUCCCCCCGCUGUCCCCAGUGGCCAUUGUCCAGCUCCAGGACCCGGUGCCCCCUCACUGUUUCUCGCGGACCCUGCACGACCUCAGCUGCUUCUGGGACAGCCCCGGGCCCGCCGAGCCGAGCCGCUUCCGCCUGCAGUUCCGCCUCGAGCAGGACCCGUGGCAGGAUUGUCCCCUCAGUGUCACCGCGCUGUCCCGGGGGUCCCGUUUCUGGUGCUCGCUGCCCCCGGCCGCCACCGUCACCUUCGUGCCCCUCGAGCUGCGCGUGCUGCCCGGGACCCCCGGGACCCCCGGGACCACCCCCGGGACCACCGGAACUCCUCCCGUGACCAACGAGACCACCGAGACCCCCGGAACCCCCCCCGGGACCCCCGGGCCCCCCUCCAACACCUCUGGGACCCCCGGGAGCCCCCCCCAAACGACGGAGCCCCCUCCCCCCCUGUUCCAGCGCAUCGUCUUCAUCGACCAAGUCGUGCUCCCGGGACCCCCCCAGAACGUGUCGGUGUCUGCGGGGGGGUCCCGGGGGGAGCUGUGCGUGCGCUGGGCCCCCCCCCCCGGGCCGUACCUGCACUCCAGCCUCAUCUUCCAGCUGGCCCUGAGCCCCCCCGAGGGACCCCCAAAAACGGUGGGGGUCCCGGCGGGCCGGCGCGAGCAGGGGGUCGGGGGUCUCCGGGCCAGCACCGAGUACUCGGUGCGAGCCCGGGCCCGGCCCGACGGGAUCAGCUACAGCGGCUUCUGGAGCCCCUGGUCCCCCCCCCGCAGUGCCACCACCCCCCCCGAGCUGGACGCGGUGACGCUGGGACUGGCGAGCCUGCUGGGGCUGCUGCUGCUGGCACUGGGAGCACUGGGACUGCUGGGACACCGCCGGACCCUUCGGGCCAAGCUGUGGCCGCCGGUGCCGGGCCCGGAGCGAGAGUUCGAGGGGCUCUUCAGCGCCUACGGCGGCAACUUCCAGCUGUGGCUGUGCCAGGGCCCGGGCUCCCCCUGGGCUCCCCCCGCUCCCCCCCCCUUGGAGGCCGAGGACGCCGUGGAGGAGGUGGGGGAGGGGCCGGGGGAGCCGCCCCUCCCCCCCGGGACUGAGACCCCCCCCCAGCCCCGGGAGCCCCCCGGGGACCCCUCCCCCUCCCCCAGCUUUGAGUACACCCUGUUCGAGCCCGGCUCCGCCCUGCUCCGCCCCUCCCCCCGCGGCCCCGCCCCCUACGCCAACCUCGCCCCUCCCCCCAAGGCCGCCGAGGGGGCGGGGCAAGGACCCCAUUACGUCAUCUGCUCCUGAUGGCGGCGGGUGACGUCACGCGGGGAAGAAAGGGGGCGUGUGACGUCACCGGGGAAAGCUGGGUUAGUGACGUCACGCACAGCAACACAGUGACGUCACGCGGAGAAAGGGGCGUGUGACGUCAGCGGGGGGAAAGAUGGAUUAGUGACGUCACGCGCAGCAACAAUGAGGUCAUCGCGGAGGGGACGCGACGCGGUGACGUCACGCGGAAGGACAAUGACGUAAUCACAGAAGGGACGCGUCGCUGUGACGUCACGCGACGCAGACCGGUGACGUCACGUGGAAAGGGACGCAGCGCGGUGACGUCACGCCGAAGGCGCGGAUGAUGUCAUGGAAGGGACGCGAUGACGUCACACGGACGGGAGCAGUGACGUCAGCGCCGAGGGAACGCGUCCCGGUGACGUCACGUGGAUGGGACAGGUGACGUCACACGGAGCGAUGACGUCAGUGCGGAACGGACAUGACGUCAUUGUGACAUCAUCACCCCGGGCGCGGGGACGCGGAGGGAGGGGGAGGGGACGGCCGGGGACAUCGAAUUUCACCUGCUUUGGGUUUUUAAUGAUUUUGUACAAUAAAAGCGACGCUGGGCCACGGCCCACGCCCCCACUGGGGACACUGGGACAGACUGGGGACACUGGGACGGACUGGGGACACUGGGACGGACUGGGACGGGCACUGGGGACACUGGGAUGGACUGGGGACACUGGGAUGGACUGGGACGGGCACUGGGGACAC